AUGGAUAAUGAAAGGGGAGCUUCUUUGAUUAACAUUGAUGAGAAUACUAGAUUUAGUGAGUUGUUAAAGAUUAUGUUAGAAGAUUUUGACAUUGAUAUUCAGGCACAAUGUUUAAAGCUUAGUUAUACAUUGCCUGCUAAGUCUUCUACUAUAGGUAGUAUUCCUAUCUUUAUUAGAAAUGAUAGGCAGCUUGAAGCUUUUAAACUCAAAUAUGCACAAAGUGGAGGAGUUCUUCAUCUAUGUGUUACUGUUGAGGAUUUUUGUGAGACUGUAGAGCAUGGUCAACCUAGCUCUACUACUUUUAUUGAGAGUGUUACUGCUGUUACUCAGGAUCAAACAAGCUCAAAUCUGUUAGUUGGGAAUGUUAUUGAUGUUUAUACUCAUACUCAGUUAUUCAAAGACAAAACAGAAAUGAGAAGUCAGAUGCGGAUGUAUGCAGUCAAGCAUAGUUUUGAGUUUCAUACUUUUAAGUCAGACAACAAGAGGUAUGUUCUUAAAUGUAUUGAUGAAAAAUGUAGUUGGAGGCUAGGUGCUACUAAGGCUAAAGCAUCAGAUAGCUUUGUUGUUCGAAAGUAUAUUAGUCAGCACAGCUGUGACUCUGCUUUAAGGAAUGUUAAUCAUCGCCAAGCAUCUGCAAGGACUUUGGCUGGUUUGGUUAGUAACCAUUUUGCAGGAGGAAAGCUUCCUCUCAGACCCAAACAGCUCAUGGAAAUUUUUAGGAAUGACCAUGGAGUUGGUGUCUCGUACUCAAAAGCAUGGAGAGCUCAAGAACAUGCAUCAGAACUUGCUAGGGGUAUACCUGCUGAUAGUUAUGAGGUUUUACCGAGUUGGUUUCACAUGAUAGAAAAGAAGAAUCCAGGUACUAUCACUUACAUCAAAGCUGAUUCUGAUAAUAAGUUUAGAUAUGGUUUUCUGGCUUUUGGUGCAUCAAUUAGAGGUUUUAAGUUGAUGAGAAAAGUUAUUUCUAUUGAUGGCGCCCAUUUGAAAUCAAAAUAUAAAGGGACUUUGCUUGCUGCAUCAGCUCAGGAUGGUAAUUUUCAGUUGUAUCCUAUUGCUUUUGCUGUUGUUGAUUCUGAGAAUGAUGCAUCAUGGGAUUGGUUUUUGCGGUGUUUGAAGACUAUUAUUCCUGAUGAAGAGGAUCUAGUUUUUGUGUCUGAUCGGGCUUCUUCAAUUGCAACUGCGCUAUCAGUAAAUUAUGUACAUGCUCAUCACGGGAUCUGCACUUUCCACUUGCAAAAGAACCUGGAAACACGAUUUAGAGCUUCGGCUUCUCUUCUUCCAGUUGUUCAUGAUGCUUCAAGAGCUUACACUCAGUAUGAUUUUGAUUAUUUGUUCACUCAAAUUUCCAAUGGUGAUCCGGAUCUUGGAGAAUAUCUUUGGCAAGCUGAUAUUAGGAAAUGGUCACGUGCAUAUUCUCCUUCAAACCGGUACAACAUUAUGACAUCUAAUUGUGCCGAGUCCAUUAACUCCAGGUUAAAAGAGACUCGUGAGUAUCCAAUUGUCUGCCUGUUUGAUACAAUCAGGUCUAUUUUGACUAGGUGGUUUAAUGAACGACGUGAGGAGAGCUGUCGACAUCCAUAUGCUGUUACUACAAAAGUUGGGAAUAAGAUGAAUGAAUCUUAUAAUAAUACUACCCGCUGGCUUGAAGUUAGUCAAGUAAAUGAAAAUAUCUUCGAGGUUAAAGCAGCUUUAAAGACAUAUAUGGUGAAUUUGGACACAAGGAAAUGCACAUGCUGUAUGUUUGAUAUUGACAAAUUCCCUUGUGCACAUGGAAUUGCUGCUGCCAAACAUAUGGCGUUUAGGAUAUUCAGAGAGCAUUCACCAGUAGGUGAUAUGGAGUAUUGGGAGAUUCCAGAGAGUGUUAGUACUUAUAUUCGGCCACCUUCUACUCGUAUACCUAGUGGCAGGCGAAAGAAAAAGGGAAUAGCUAGUUCAUGGGAGUAUGGAAAGGCUAAGACAAAUUCAAAACAAUACAAAUGCAGUAGGUGCGGUCAGUGUGGUCACAACAAAUCUAGUUGUGUAGCUGCUAUCUAA